GAUGCCGUAACAGAAAUUUGUUGCUGGAUAAGGCUUAAAUUAAGGAGCAGGAUGUAUACUCUGCUGUCCGGCCUCUAUAAAUACAUGUUCCAGAGGGAUGAGUACUGCAUCUUGAUCCUUGGUUUGGACAAUGCUGGUAAAACCACCUUCCUUGAGCAAACUAAAACUCGAUUUAACAAGAACUACAAAGGGAUGAGUUUGUCCAAAAUCACGACCACUGUAGGGCUAAACAUUGGCACUAUCGAUGUUGGCAAAACUCGGCUAAUGUUCUGGGAUCUGGGUGGGCAGGAGGAACUACAGUCUCUUUGGGACAAGUAUUACGCUGAGUCUCAUGGAGUGAUCUAUGUUAUUGACUCCACUGAUGAGGAGAGGCUCUCGGAAUCUAAAAGAGCUUUUGAGAAGAUGAUUACCAGCGAAGCUCUGGAAGGGGUUCCCAUUCUGGUGUUAGCUAACAAGCAGGACGUAGAGACUUGUCUGUCGAUACCUGACAUCAAGACGGCGUUUAGUGACUGCAUUAACAAAAUUGGGAAGAGGGACUGCCUGACUCAGGCCUGCUCUGCUCUCACUGGGAAAGGAGUGAACGAGGGAAUCGAAUGGAUGGUGAAAUGUGUGGUGAGGAACAUUCACCGGCCGCCAAGAAAGAAGGACAUCACGUAAGGGAUUCCGAGUCAGCUGAGGAACGGACAGUCUCUUUCCGCACAGUUUUGUGUUCCCUUUCAAGAAGGUGGUCCGCUGGAUUCCUCUUACAUCUGAUUCUUUCC